AGGAAAGUGUGAAGUUUGUAUAGUAAUGGACAGGCUGGGAUACAGUCCUCUUGUUUUGAAGUUUCCAUUCACAAUGGAGUUUGGGGGGAACUGGGCAGGGCAAAGGAUGUGGCUUGAUGUGGGACUGGACUUCACAGACUCACUGCUGCUCCUCCCACCACCAAUCAAAUCCUUCCUUUUAACUUCAUACUGCCCCUGAGCACACACAGGCACACAAAAACAGACAACGGGGCCUGGCAGACAAAAUCAGGAUAUGACAUCAUACACAGGAAGGGAAGCCAAAUAACUUUUCAGCUUGUUUUUUCACUCUAUGCCCUAUUCCUACGUGAGUUUUGCAGGGUAAAGACUGACUGAUGAGUGCCAGAAAGGAUCCUCACGAGACAGAACAGGAGAGCGAGGACAUCUUUCCAGGUUUCCCACAACAUUCCAAGUGUCUACAGCGGGACCAAAGCCAGAAAGGGCCCAGGGAAUCAUAAGAGUGAAGAAUCACAACCAUCCAGAUCCUGACUGGAUCUGACGACUCCGUCACCCUGCUCAGUUCAGCAAUGGCUCUGUGCUUGGGUCAGGUCUUCAGCAAAGACAAAACAUUCCGGCCUCGAAAGCGAUUUGAACCUGGAACCCAACGCUUUGAGCUGUACAAAAGAGCCCAGGCGUCUCUGAAAUCAGGCCUGGACCUGAGGAAAGUGGUGCAGCUGCCAGACGGGGAGAACAUUAAUGACUGGAUAGCUGUGCAUGUGGUGGAUUUCUUCAAUCGAAUUAACCUCAUCUACGGGACCGUGAGCGAGUUCUGCACUGAGAAGAGCUGUCCCAUCAUGUCUGGAGGACCACGUUAUGAAUACAGGUGGCAGGAUGGGGAUCAGUACAAGAGGCCCACCAAACUGCCUGCUCUUAUUUACAUGAACCUCCUGAUGAACUGGAUCGAGUCCCUCAUCAACAAUGAGGACAUCUUUCCUACACGAGAGUCCCUUUUCCUAAGAACUUUCAGCAGGUGUGCAAAAAGAUACUGAGCCGCUUGUUUCGGGUGUUUGUACACGUGUACAUCCAUCACUUUGACAUGAUCUGUAGUAUCGGAGCUGAGGCUCACAUCA